AUGUCAACAAUUAAACCAUUUCAAAUUUUCGAUAUUUUAGAUUACAACAACAUAAAUUUAGACAUUUUGACUGAAACAGUAACUAUUAAUACUAAAAUUAAGUUCAAUGUUGGUUUCUAUGGAAAGUAUAUAGCUAAAUGGCCAGAAUUUUGUAUUUCCAUAAAAAAUCAUUUUGGCAAUUUCUAAGGAUAUUGUAAUAUACUAAAAAUUAUUUUUAAGUAUUGGGAAAGAUUGAAGGAGAAAAAGCUAAUAAUAAUAAAUAGAAUUGGCAUGGUCAUAUUAGUGUAAAUCAUAUUUAUUUUAUUAAGGCAAUUACUGUAGCACCUGAAUAUAGAAGAUAAGGAGUAGCAAGAUUUUUGAUGAAUUAUAUAGAAGAUGUAACAAAUAGUUAAAAUGGAUGGUAUGUAGAUUUAUUUGUUCGACCUUCAAAUAAAAUUGCAGUUUUGAUGUAUUAAAAUUUUGGAUAUGAAAUAUAUCAAACAGUAUAUUAAUAUUACAGUAGUUAAAAUGGUAAAUAUGAAGAUGCAUAUGGUAUCAAUAAUUAUAUUAAAUUAGAUAUGAGAAAAUCAAUGUUAAGAGAUAAAUAAAAAUUAAAAUAGAAACCUACUGGAAAAGUAAUCAAACCAGAUGAAUUAGAAUUUAAUUGA